GUGACAGUGGCGGCUCAUUUGCAUUGGGAAUUCAUUGCUCUUCUAGCUUUUACAUUAUGUGAACUUAGUAGUGUCAUUGGUCUAAAAUGUUCCUGAUGCCAACCUCUUCAGAGUUAAACAGCGGGCAGAACUUCUUAACCCAGUGGAUGACCAAUCCUUCUCAGGCUGGGGUCAUACUAAAUCGUGGAUUUCCUAUUUUGGAAGCAGAGGAAGAGAAGGGAGCAGCUGUGAACGUUUCUCCCAGCUUUCCAAUUAAAGCCACACAUUUUUCAAACAGCCUCAGCUUCAUAAGUGAAGAAGAUUCAGUUCGUGAAAAACAGAAGUUGGAGUCUGACAGCCCUUACAAACUGCAAUCAGAUGAAUCUGAAACCCGUAUGAUCUUUCCUUUAGUUAAAAAGGGACCACAAAUAGUGACAUGUCAGGAUGCUCCUGGACACCAGGAAGAUAACAAAAAUGACUUUAUCACAGAUCUUGAAAGUAAAUUCAAAGAAAUGGCUUAUAAAGACCCACUUUUAAAAAAACUUGAACAGCUGAAAGAAGUACAACAGAAGAAGCAGGAACAACUGAAGAGGCAACAGUUCGAGCAACUACAAAGACUCUUGGAAGAACAAGAGAAGCUGCUUACUCUGGUGUCUGGGCAACGUACACUUCCAGGUUUUACCUUACUGCCUGAUGAUCAGAGCCAGAGGUACAGAUCUCCAGGAAACUCAAAUGCCACUGGAGAGAAAACCACGCCCUUCUUACCAUCAUAUAUGUACCCAAAUCAAGCCCAAGAAAAAACUCAUGCUUCCAACAUUCUGUCUGAUGAACAAAACAGCUUCUGUAGAACUACUCAUCAAGAUUUUGUCUUAUCUUCAAAAAGUACUUCUUUCAAUUUGUUUGAUGAGGCGCAAUAUCAGGAUGUGCUUGUGAAAAAAAAUGAUUCUAAGGAAGAAAACCAUAACCAUUCCACAGGAGAAGAUACUUUAUCAUGUUGGGAGAAAAUGACAGAACAGAUUCAGGAAGGGAAUGAUAUGAACUUAAAAAAAAUUGAUGGUUCCUCAGAAAUGGUUAAUGUUGAAGAAAGGCCUAUUAAAGCUGCUAUUAGAGAAAGGAAACAGACAUUUGAAGACUUCUUAGAAGAACAAAUUCGGUUGGAAGAACAAGAACUGAAACAAAAACAGCUAAGGGAAGCAGAAGGACCAUUGCUAGUCAAAGCAAAACCAAAACAACCAUUCUUAAAACGAGGAGAAGGUUUAGCUAGAUUUACUAAUGCUAAAUCUAAGUUUCAAAAAGGGAAAGAAAGUAAACUAGUGACUAACCAGAGUACUUCAGAGGUCCAACCUGUGUUUAAAAUAGAAAAACAACCAUUCCAGCGGAAGACUGCUCUUAUAAAUAAAGAUCUGUGUGCAGAGAACCCUACUGUUAGAAAGGACAAUAAAGUUAGAACCAAGAGUGGUUCUGUCACACUCAGUCAGAAGCCAAAGGUACUUAAGAGUAAUAAUGGCAAAAGUGGAAUCUCUCCGUCAGGAUUGAAAGUGCACACGGGGAAGAAAUGUGAUGGGCAAUUUAGAGACCAGAUCAGAUUAGAAAAAAAAGUUGAAUCUAAUAAUAAAGAAAAUCUGCCUGAGUGUAUAAAACCUUGUCAUACUGGUUGCAAAGUGUGGAAUAGGACACAAGGUAAAGACAGAGUUCCUCUUUCGACAGGGCCGGUCAGCUGUGUGGCUUCUGAGAGCCCAAUAAGUGAGGCUGUGAAAGAGUCUGAGUCUUCUCUUGAUGUUUCUCUUCAGAAAAAGUUAGAGAAUUGGGAACGACAAAAGGAAAAGGAAAAUUUGGAAUUAGAUGAAUUUUUGUUUUUAGAACAAGCUGCUGAUGAAAUGUCAUUUUCUAGUAAUUCCUCAUUUGUACUGAAAAUCUUAGAAAGAGAUCAUCAGAUCUGCAAAGGUCACCAGAUAUCUUCUACCCCUGUCAAAGCUGUGCAGCAGGAGAAGAGAAAUCCAGUGGAUCCAAUUAGUCAGUGUAACCACAGUGAGGAUCCAGGCCAUACUGUACGGGAAAAGAAGAGUGAGGGUGAGGUCACACCCAAGGAACUUGGUUCAGUGUCCUCACCUGAUGGGUUGAGGGAACAGUCUUGUCAAAUCAGGAGGAGAGCCUUCCAAAUAGGCACCUCUGAAAAUCAAACUCCAUGGAAUCCAAGUGAUGAAGAAGGUGUUACAAACAGUGAUAGUAGCACUGGUUCUGAGGAACAGCUUGAUGUUCCUAUAAAACCAUUGGCUGAGGAUAGAGAAAGGGGUUUCAGCAGCAGAGAGGAUAGCCCACAAGUCUGUGACGGCAGGCGGCCUUUUAGGGAUACCAGGACUAAAGAAGAUAAAAGGAGAGAUGUUGAUCUGGAUUUGUCUGAUAAAGAUUAUAGUAGUGAUGAGCCUAUAUUAAUAGAAGUCAUAAAAAAUAAAGUAUCUGACUCCUCAAGAAGACCCUCACCUCUAAGUAUGAGUAAAAUUGACUUUGAUGAUGAAAGAACUUGGACCGACCUUGAAGAGAAUUCAUGUCAACAUGAUGUUAUUCUUGGGGAUGAAGACAUUUAUGGGCUUCCCCAGACACGCUUCUCUAAUAAGAGUGAAAUAUGUAUCCUGGACAAAACCAUAAAAAGGAAGGUUGCACCAGUCAAGAAGGGAGAAGACUUGAGUGAGCCCAGGAGGAACAGAAGUCCUCCUCCUGCAUCGGAACUGAUGAUGAAACUCUUCCCUUCUUUGAAACCAAAACCAAAAUCAGAUUCACACUUGGGAAAUGAACCCAAGUUAAACAUAAGUCAAGACCAAUCACCUGGUGACAGUGCUCUAUCCCAGGGUUUGAGAGAGAAAGUUAUUGAAUUGGAAACAGAAAUAGAAAAAUUUAAAGCUGAGAACACAUCUUUAAAUAAACUUCGCAUUGAACAAGAAAGUGCCUUGGAAAAGCUCAGGAAAGAAAUUGCAGACUUUGAACAACAGAAAGCCAAAGAAUUGGCUCGAAUAGAAGAGAUUAAAAAGGAAGAAAUGAGGAAGCUACAAAAGGAACGUAAAGUUUUUGAAAAGUAUACUACAGCUGCAAGAACUUUUCCAGAUAAAAAGGAACGUGAAGAAAUACAG